ACACAAGCGGCGUGAAACUACACAACAUCGUCUUUAAUCACACGCCGAUUGUCGUGUUUUUGUGUCACGAAACUGCUGUUCAACUAACUCGCUUCUUGUUUUCACCUUUGACCUUCGUGAUCACGCACAUGACUUUCUUUUGGAGCUGACUUCCGGUUGAUGAAGACAACUGGGAUUUGAACAAUGGUUAAAAGUUAAAGUCAAACUAGCAAUGAUUGUCACACACACACUCUUGGUGUGGCAAAAGUAUUCUCUGCAUUUGACCCAUCGCCCUUGAACACCCACUGGGAGACACCAUGCAGAGUUGGCUAUGUUUGAUGCUGCUGUCGGCUGUGGGCGUGGCUAGAUCAUCACCUUUCACCGCACCGCCGCCAUUGGACCCUGAAGUGCAUAUGAACAUUACAGAGAUCAUCAGGAGGUGGGGCUACCCGGCGGAGGAGCACCAGGUGCUGACGGAGGACGGCUACAUCCUGAUGGUCAACAGGAUUCCUGGAGGGCUGAACAAGACACAAGGUCCCAGAAGAGCAGUUCUGCUCCAACAUGGCCUCCUGGCGGCCGGCAGCAACUGGAUCACCAACCCGCCCUCCUCCAGUCUGGGUUACGUGCUGGCUGACGCCGGCUGUGACGUGUGGCUGGGGAACAGUCGAGGGAACACCUGGUCCAGGAAACACCGGGAGCUCCGCCCAGAUCAGGACGACUUCUGGAGGUUCAGUCACGAUGAAUUGGCUCUGAAGGAUCUCCCUGCAGUAGUGGACUACAUCCUGAAGGAGACUGGCCAAGAAAACAUUGUUUACAUCGGACACUCUCAGGGAACCACUAUAGCAUUCAUGGCGUUCUCCAAGCUGCCACAACUGGCUGCCAAGAUCAAGUUGUUUGUUGCUUUGGCUCCCGUGGCAACCGUCUCCUUUACCAGCAGUCCUAUGUCCAAACUGGCAAUGCUGCCCAACUUCCUGGUUUGGGACUUGUUUGGAAGGCGGGACUUCCUGCCUCAGAGUCACAUGAUCGAGUGGUUUGCAGAACAUGUUUGUGCCAAACGUCUGCUCAGCAAGUUGUGUGGAAAUCUCUUCUUCGUCCUGUGUGGCUUUGAUGAGAAGAACCUCAACAUGACUCGGACACCCGUCUACACCACACACUGUCCUGCAGGCACGUCUGUGCAGAACAUGAUGCACUGGGCCCAGGCGGUCCGAGGCGGGCAGCUGACGGCGUUCGACUUUGGCGCGGCGGGCAACAUGAAGCAUUACAACCAGAGCACGCCCCCCCGGUACCGAGUGCAGGACAUGAAGGUUCCCACCGCCAUCUUCUCCGGGGGGCGGGACACGCUGGCCGACCCCAAAGACGUGGCCGUGCUCCUCACUCAGGUGUCCCACCUGGUCUUCCACCAGCACAUUGACCACUGGGAACAUCUGGACUUCAUCUGGGGUCUCGACGCCCCGCAAAUCAUGUUCCCUUCUGUCCUCAAACUUCUGCACACAAUACCCUAGAGGGCGCCACCACGUCUGUGUGUGUGUGUGUGUGUGUGUGUGUAAGUGUGUGUGUGUGUGUGUAGGUGUGUGUGUGUGUGUGUGUGCGUGUAGGUGUGUGUGUGUAAGUGUGUGUGCGUGUGUGUGUGUGUAAGUGUGUGUGUGUAAGUGUGUGUGUGUGUGUAAGUGUGUAGGUGUGUGCGUGUGUAAGUGUGUGUGUGUGCGUGUGUGUGUGUGUGUGUGUGUAAGUGUGUAGGUGUGUGCGUGUGUAAGUGUGUGUGUGUGUGUGUGUGUGUGUGUGUAUGUGUGUGUGUGUGCGUGUAGGUGUGUGUGUGUAAGUGUGUGUGCGUGUGUGUGUGUGUAAGUGUGUGUGUGUAAGUGUGUGUGUGUGUGUGUGUGUGUGUGUGUAUGUGUGUGUGUGUGCGUGUAGGUGUGUGUGUGUAAGUGUGUGUGUGUGUGUGUGUGUGUAAGUGUGUGUGUGUGUGUGUAAGUGUGUGUGUGUGUGUCCUUCUCAAAAGAAACAACUAAUCCAGAUGUUUGUAUCUAAAAUCCAUAUUUCCAAAUGCUUUCAUUUCCUUUUUACAACUUUUUAAUUUCCUGUCAUUUCUUCAUCUUUAUGAAGAUGUUCUACCAAACAUCUUCCUUUUCAAAGUGUGGCCUGAAAUAAAAUCAUCUCAUCUUA